AUGAGCUACGAUGUCCGGUCCAGGAUCUCGGGAAUCACAGAGUUUCACACCAGCAGUGUCUCUUCGAAUCGAUGGGACGCUCAGUGGACACAAGAAGGAUGGGUCUAUGAUGUUCAAGUACGUGCAAGUGCAGGCAAUGCACUAAAAGGCCGCUGGACGGCUAUUGAAUCCGCCAAAUCAACUCCCAAAACACCUCCUGGCCCCGAUAAUGUGGUAAUAAACGCUACCACUACUGGAUUCGAUAUCUCAUGGGACUCUUGCCCUAGUGGCUUUGAUGUCACGGAAUAUGAAGUCCUGUACUGGGAUAAAGAUAAAGAACAUACGUUCAUCACUAGUGCAGGCUUCAAGGAAUCUCCAGCUCAUGUUGAUGAUCUUAUCCCGGGGCAUCAUUAUCAACUUGCCAUCGUUUCCUGGAACGAUGCCGGCGGAGGAUUUCCCAAGGGAGUCCGAAGUGUCACCGUCGGCCGAGGCACUCCCCCGAUACCCACUGACUUGAAAAUUACAGCCAAAGAUGCAACCUCUGCUCACCUUACCUGGACUGGUUCGCCUGCUGCUGCUGGUUAUCAACUCUGGUUCCGUAAUGUGAAUGAGCCGGAUAGCGAGCUCUGCAAGGUCAAUGGCACGGAGAGCAAAUCCUCCAGUGACCAAUAUUUUCUGGUACCAGGUGUUUGGAACUUUGAGUGGUGUGUUAGUGCUUUCAAUGGAAGUGCUGAAUCUGACAGAUGCGAAUCUGUGCUUGCUCCACGGCCAUCUGAUGCUAGUAUAUCAUCUGGCGACUGCUCUAAAGAGGAUACUAACCCGCGUCAUGAGGACAAAGAUAUCAAUGGAAAUUUAACCUCCGGAUAUAACUAUAUGUCUUGUAACUCUGACUCCCAGUGCGGAAUGCCUCUCCAGGAAGAAGAUCAGGGCUGGGGAAUCCUAUGUGGCAUUUGCGGCCAUAUUGAGCAAGAUGACAUUGACUGUCUCGGCUCUGGGGGUAGUAAACAACUCCACGGCGAUAGGUGCUACAGAGAUGAGUGUAAAAAUGGUGACUGUACUAAUCCAGAGUGCUGGAUAUACGUCUGUGAUAAUUCUCACGCUGAAAAAGAUGGCACUGCUACUAAGUGCGAUGAGUAA